AUGAGAACAAUUCACUCUUCCGGGACAGAUAUAAAAGCGAUAAAAUGCUCGAUUUAUGUCAGAUUUCCUCUCCUUGAUCAGGAAUCCCUCACCACAACCUCCAAACUCUGCAAAAAGAUCAUUAGUAUGUGCGUCUACGGUCGAGUCGUUUUUAAAUGCGCCCACGAGCGCUGGGGCAUCUGCGUGAAGCAAUGCCAAACAGCCAAAGACUUCCGUGAUGGAAAGUUAAACCAUGACUGUGUCAUCAAGAAGCCUCAUGUACCGACUUCGCGGAGGAUACAGACAAAUUGCAACAAAUGUAUCACCCUGGAUGGCAAACUCGACAGGGCAAAGAAGAGCAUUGACGAUGUUAAGCAAAAGCUGAAGAGGAUAGAAGAGAGGAAAAUCAGAAAAAGAAAUACGGAAGAAAACAAGAUCGACAACAGGAAGAAAGUGGAAAAGAAGGAUGAAAACAGGGAUAGUAAUGAAACAAACUCCUGGAGUUUUGGGACGGGACUUGGGAGUAUUACCGAGGAGAGCGAAGUUGAGGACGAGUCUUCAAGUGAUGGAAGUAGUCAAGGCAGUUCACAAGUCACUAACACCUGA